CCACUCCAUCUGAAGGCUGGAUCACUCCGAUCAGUCUAGUGUAAGACAGUCUGAUCAGCUACAUAAUGAAGUGGGGGAGGAUUAAAUGACCCCUGUCUCUGAGGACAAAAUUUAAAUUGAGCCAUCCAUCAGGAGAGAGACAGCUAAGGUGAUUGUGUCUACAAGUGUUAAGGAGAAUAAACCUUGUCCACCAGCCUCUGAAAAGUGAGGUGUACUCUCUUUUUUUGUUCACCUUCUUUGAGAAUAAAUUUGAGAAUCACUGCAGUACAGUAUUUCUUUCUGGAGUAUUCUUUUAUUGCAAAGGAUCUUUUUAAAUGUGUUUUGUCUGGAUACCAGCUAGGGGAAUUAUUUUGACUGGAUACUCUAAUGAUGGAAGCUGAAUCAGAUCUUUAGAUCUUGUUAAAUUCUCUCAGGAGUAACUCUACUCAGAAAUGUAAUUUUGUGAUUUGUCAGCCUGGUUUUGACUUUAAUCUUCAAUGGGAUUCUACAAAAUUGUGGAAUAAAAUUCUGAUCUGUCACUGAUUGAUUUUAAGAACUGACCUUGAAUGGUGGAAAAACAUUUACAGAUCAGAAACUUGCUAAUCAAUGAACAUGAUAGGUUAAGUCUAUAAAGACGCUAAUAAAAUGACAUUUUUAACAUGCAUAAGAAACUAAGGCCUCUUUGUUGAGAUGUAUUUCUGAAUUAAUUAAUUUAUAAUAGAAUGCAGUGCAUGUUGGGCUCAGCACUUAGUUAUACAAUUGAAGGAGAUCGGUGAACUUUGAUGUUACAAACACUGGACAGUUGGCUUGUCUGGAAUAAAAUUGAAUGAAGUGGACGUCCAAGGCUGGACAGAAUGAGGAAGCUCUGGAAAUAAUCCCAGGGGCCUGGGGGAUUCAGAAAGUCAAUACAUUCAAGUGAAGACAGAUUGGACUUGCAGGCCAACCAGGUUGUGCUUCUGAAGCGUUUUAUUAAAUUGACACACAGUGUUGGAGAAUGGAGGCUAAAAACACUGGGAAUUAAAGCUAUCAGGAAAGUUAGUUUGUUAGUUUUUAAGAAGUUUGGUAUUGAAUCCUUUGAGUGAUCGUCAUGCCGCGUAAAGGGAAGUACGAGAUUGAGGCUUAUAAGUACCACUACUGGAACUGUUUGUGUUGUUGGAAAGUCCAGCAGGAAAAAUGUGACACAGCCCUGAGCCUCAAGAGCUACAAAAAGCAGAAUAAUAUGGAUGGGAGUUUGUAUUGUGACAAUCAUAUUCCAGCCAUGCCUAAACCACCACUUACUACAGGAAAACCUCGCAUCCCCUCCUCUCCAGAUGAUCAUGAGCUGGAUACGUUUGAGAUGCUGAUUAAUUACCAGGAGAGGAGUCGUAUGGAUGACCAGAGAUGUGACAUCACCUCCUUCAUACCUAAGGGCGCUUCUGCUGAGUUUUAUGAAUAUGUCCUGAAUUUCCAAAGUCGUGGAAGACUGGAAGACCAGCGAUGUGCAAUGCCUGAAAACCCUAAGGCUCCUCUGACCCCCACUCAAAUAGAACAACGAAAAACCAUGGAACAAAUGGAGCAGAUUCUUAGGGACCCUGCACCAUACCCCAUGGUUUACCUCCCCUCAAAUGUGGGAUAUUGGGAGGAGAGCUCAGAUAUCCUCCCCACAGAAUCUCCUGACAAUGUUCUCCAAGAUUCCACAGACAUCUAUGAAGACCAGGGGGCCACAGCAUACAGAAAGUACUUCAUGGGUCAGGAACAUUUUGAUUACUAUGGACAGGAUGCUAUCCUGGGUCCUCUUGUCCUUUCCCUCAAGGAGGAGAUCACAGAAAAUGAGGAGGAAACCAUACGGUGUGUCCUCAGAACAAAGUCUUGCUCCCAGCACAAAGUCAUUCCCUACGAACAGCUGGACAACAUUCCAAAUCCUGUCAAAGUUGCCAAGUGUUUUUGGGAGGAGAUAACAUGUGAGAAGUUUGAUCCAGUGUUAACAACAAAAGGCUCCAGCUUAAUAGUCCAGUUUGAUGAACAUAAUCUUACAAACUUGUACAAGUUUGGAAUCAUCUGCCAGAAAUUUAGACAGACAAAAGAGGAACAGUUGUUUAGUAACAGGGAUCACAGCAAUAGUAUGGAGGAGUUCCUGACUCUGAUAGGAGACAGGGUUCCACUUAAAGCCUUCCAGGGGUACAGAGGGGGACUAGACACAGUCCAUGGUCAAACUGGGGAGGAUUCAGUGUAUACCAACUAUCAGGGGAGAGAAAUCAUGUUCCAUGUGUCCACUCUCCUCCCCUACACAGAUGGGGAUCCACAGCAGCUACAGAGAAAGCGACACAUAGGGAAUGACAUUGUAGCCAUAGUUUUCCAGGAAGAAAAUACUCCAUUUGUGCCAAACAUGAUUGCCUCCCAUUUCUUACAUGCAUUCAUUGUUGUUCAGCCAUUUACUGGAGAAGAUGGAAUAACCAGAUACAAGGUUGCAGUGGCAGCUCGCAGUGAUGUACCUAGGUUUGGUCCACCAUUACCUAAUCCUGCAAUAUUUGAAAAGGGGCCAGAGUUUCGAGAUUUCAUUCUCACUAAACUUAUCAAUGCAGAGACGGCUUGUUACAAGGCAGAACAGUUUGCAAAGCUGGAGGAGCGGACACGCACAGCUCUUUUAGAGGUUUUACUACAAGAUCUGUCACGGAAAACUAAUGAACUGUUUGGGACCAGCUCCCCUAGUGCUAAUUCUACCAAAGAAAAUCGCAACUUUAUGGACAACAUCAAGAGGGCGCUCAGUAAGAAGGAGUCAAGGUCAUCAGAGUCCAGUGGCAGGAAGUCUAAUGGGUCAUCCUCACUGGCCCCCGUAGGGGAGGAUGACAAGAUAUCUAGUCCAAAGAAAUCGCCGAGCUCCAUUAAGAAGAGUGGUCGCCAUAGUCUGGAAAGGCGAUUUGCUGAGAAGAAUCAAUUUCAGCGCUUUGACAGUCACAGUACUCAGUCUUCGUACAAAACGUGUAGUGUACCCAACAGUCCACAGUCAAGUCCUAGUUCUACAGCGUCCGCUCCAAGGAUGACUGGCUUCCAACAGUUGUCUCCCUCUAACUCAGAGAGUUCCUUUAACAGUAUUGAGGAUUUCCCUAAUGGACAGAACAGCCAGCAGAACCAUGAAGACUCGGACACAGGCAUGGAGAGUAUGUCCUCGGCAGGUACCCCAUGUAACACUCACAUGAAGACCUCAGUGUCUAAUAGUCUCAGUGAGGAUAGCUGUGGUUGUGUAUUCAUACCUCUGGAAGGUGAAGGUUUUGAAAACUUGAACAGACAUACAGAACACCUCACUGCUGAAAUUCAGAAACUCAAAAAGGAAAAGAAGGCAAGUCAGAGGGAGAUCCAGAACCUCAAAGACCGAGAAUCUCAGAUGAUGGUGGAGCUCCGUACUGCUCAGCAUGAACUCCAGAAACUCCGGCUUAAUGUGAUUGCAGGGGUCAGUCAUUUUGAGGCCACUGUUUGAUCCUCCCUCUGCUCUAUUCUAGAAUUAAUUUGAUGCUUCACCUCAACACAGGUCAAGGAUAUUUACAAUACUGGUCUGUCUGCAGGAAAUUAGGGCAUAAUGUGUGCACAAUGAGGUUAAAAUGCUUUCUGUGCAAAAUACCUUACCAAGGAGUGUGUUUUCCUUAACAGUAAUGGUCAGGUGAGGGGAUGUGAUUGUAUCCCAAUUUAGCUACACAGAUAAUGCUUCCAUUGUUGUGUAUAGAUGAACCCUGUCCCAGACCAGAUACAUGACACAAACUGACAUUUAGGGCUGCUUCAUUACAACUACACUGAAUGUGGUCAUCUCUUCAGACCAUAAGAUAAUGAGAUGUGAUUGUCUGAGAUAACUCGAUCACAUAAUCAUCUGAAACACUUCCAUGAGAUUGAGAUGUUGUGUUCUUCUAGUCAAAUCUCUGAUGAUUAUUUUGUUCAAUGCUCUUAUCAUGUUAUACCAGCACUGACUUUGAUUGGUCAAAUUGUUGAUGCUUUGUUCUGUUGAUAUCUGACAAUCAAAAUAAUAUGAUGUCAUCUGACUGUUUAUGAUGUCUUCUGACUGUUAAUGAUGUCAUCUGACUGUUAAUGAUGUCAUCUGACUGUUUAUCCAGUCGGGAUUUCAGUGCUUUCUCCUUUAUAGAAGCUGCCAGCUUGUUGCUGAGUGAAUGGUUGUUUUAUCAGAGAUUGGUUUCUGAUAUUAAUACAAAUACAUUUUAUGUGUUCAAUUAACCAAGAAAAACUAGAUUCCCAGAAUUUAUUUCACAAUGAAUUAUUUUUUUCUGUAUUGAAAGUCCCAAAAUUAAUUAAAAAAAAGAGUAUAAACUAAGAGAAGAGAAAUUCUUUGAACUAAAGUUUCUUGAAGAAAUUCAAAUUUGUGUUCUUUUGAGUAUGAUACUAAUUCAAUGGACACUUGCGAAUUCAUUGUUGAAUAAGAAAUAUUAUGAACAAGUUAAUGUCUUGUGUGUAAAAGUUAAGGAUCAAAUUUUAGAAUUGAAAAAUUGUGAUAUGUGUGUGCUUUGGUGAGAACCAGUACUUUUUGUGAACCAGUAGUACAUGUAUGUAUGAACAAGAAAUGUGCGAACAAGAUGUGUGUGUAAGCCUGUGAUAAACAAAUUUUAGAAGUGAGUUGUUUAUAUGUGAGUUUGGUUACUUGUGGUUUGUUUUAUGCGAGAUGUUUGUAUGUGACUUGAUUAUAUGUGAGUUGUUUUCUUAUCAAGAAUAUCUGGUGCUACUUGCUCUGUUAAGUUUGUGCAAUAUUUUGUAUAUAAGAUUCUAUAUUUAAGGACAAACAUGUGUUCAUUGAUCCAGAUUCCACAAUACAAGCUCUGGUAAAUAAAUUAUGUCAACUCUU